AUGGCGAUCUGUACUUAUAACGCACGUACGCUUGCAUCGGAAGCGGCCAUCGAAGAUCUGAUGAUGCAAGCCAAGAAGAUCAAGUACGACGUCAUCGGACUGACCGAGACGAGACGACGUCACCCUCUCAACGCCGUAUAUGAAUCUGGAGAACAACUGUUCUUAGGAACAUGCGACAGUAGAGGUGUUGGUGGAGUUGACGUCCUCGUGAACACGAGGAUGGCAAAGAACAUCGACUCUUUUGAACAACUUACGACCCGAAUCGGACUUCUGCGGAUGAGAAGAUGUGGCCCAAUACCAGCUUUGACUAUCUUCGUCGCUUACGCUCCAACAUCAAGCUACGAAGAAGAAGAAGUCGAAGCUUUCUAUAUGGACCUGGAGAAGUUCUACCGAGAAUAUCAUGCUUUCUACAAGGUCAUAAUUGGCGAUUUCAACGCCAAAGUUGGCCCAAGAAGAACGCCGGAGGAAUUUCACAUCGAGACCCACGGCCUACAACGGAAUGGCCAGGGGGAGAGGCUCUCCGAGUUCAUCAUGACGACUAAGACCAUCCAUGGGAACUCGCAAUUUCAGAAGCCCUCUUCUUUACGCUGGACGUGGGAGUCACCCGGUGGAGGGUACCGUAAUGAAAUAGACCACAUCAUCGUCAAUAAAAGGUUCUGCCUGACGGACGUCGGUGUUGUACCAAAGUUCUAUACGGGAUCGGACCAUCGCCUCCUCCGAGGAAGAUUUUCCUUCACAAGGAGAGCAGAGAAAGCCGCGAAUUUCACUAAGCGAACUCCCAGAACUAUCAUCGACUGGGAUCUCUUCGCUACGCUAGCCAGCUUUUGGGAAGAUUCCGCAAUGGACAACAUCGACGAGGAAUAUGACCGGCUUGUCGAACACCUUCACGACUGCGCGAAGAAGGCUGAGAGUUUUAAAACCACCAAGAGGCGCCUGUCUCUUGAAACUCUUGAGCUGAUACGCCAGCGUGGAGCAGCACGAGCCGCAGGGAACCAAGAACUCACGUCCGAGCUCGCAAGGCUUUGCAGAGAGGCGAUAAAGGAAGACCUUAAAGAGAGAAGAGCAGAAGUGCUGGCUGAGGCUGCAGAGGCGGGGAAAAGCAUCCGCUAUGCCCGUCGAGAAUUCGGCCAGUCGCAAGACGAGGAUGACUGCUCUCCGGAACCCAAAGGGAACAGCCAUUGCAUCGAGAAGGGGGAUGGAGAAAAUCAUCUCCGACUUCUACUCUUAUCUCUUCGACAGCUAUGUCCACUUACCUCCUCACCAUCUGAGGGAAGACGGAGAAGUCAUUCCAGAAGUUCUCCCAUCCGAAAUACGACAUGCUAUCAUGUCGGUAAGAAAUCGUACGGCACCCGGAUUGAAAAAGUCUUGGAUGAAGGACAGCCAUGCGAGCAAGCAGGGUUUCGAAAAGGAUUCAGCACGAUUGACCACAUUCACACUGUUUCGAAACUCAUCGAGGUAUCACGAGAGUACAAGAUGCCGCUCUGUCUCACCUUCAUCGACUUAAAGAAGGCUUUCGACUCGGUUGAGACGGAAGCGGUCGUGGAAGCCUUGGACAACCAAGGCGUCCCUACUCAGUAUAUAAAGGUACUUCGAGAGUUGUACAGUAACUUCACGACCGGAAUUUCGCCAUUCUACAAGAACAUCAUCAUUGACGUGAAGAGGGGGGUCCGACAGAGUGAUACAAUUUCACCCAAAAUAUUCACAGCCACCCUCGAGAACGCAAUGCGAAAGUUGGAAUGGGACGACAUGGGAGUGAAGGUUGAUGGUCGGCAGCUACACCAUUUGCGCUUUGCUGAUGACAUCGUAUUGGUAACACCUAGCAUCAGCCAAGCGGAACGAAUGCUGACCGAAUUCGACGAAACAUGUGGAUGCAUCGGUCUUCAGCUGAAUCUACAAAAGACGAUGUUCAUGCGGAACGGAUGGGUCUCGGAUGCCCCAUUCACGCUCAACGGAACGAACAUAUCCGAGUGCACCAGCUACGUUUAUCUGGGUCGGGAACUGAACAUGAUGAACGACCUGACCCCCGAGCUGGGCAGGAGGAGACGAGCGGCUUGGGGAGCGUACAAGAGCAUCGAGGAUGUAGUGAAGAAGACCAGGAACACCCGGCUCCGUGCUCACCUCUUCAACACCACCGUACUUCCUGUUUUGACCUAUGCUUCGGAAACCUGGGCAUUUCGCAAGCAGGAAGAAAACGCGGUGAGCGUCAUUGAACGCGCAAUUGAGAGAGUGAUGCUAGGAGUAUCCCGUUUCACGCAAGUGAGGGACGGGAUUCGAAGUUCUCUCCUACGUCAGCGAUCGAAGAUUAGAGACGCCGCCGCGUUUGCUAAGGAAAGUAAAAUAAGGUGGGCCGGACACGUGAUGCGCUUUGAUGACAACCGUUGGACCAGAGCCGUGAGCGACUGGGUUCCCCACGAUAUUAAGCGCACUAAAGGAAGACCACCGACCCGAUGGUCAGAUUUCUUCACGAAGUCCUUGAAAGAAGAAUAUGAUGCUCUUCGUGUCCCACGCGAAAGGAGGAACCACUGGGCUACUCUGGCACGCGAUCGGGACAAAUGGAAGAAUUACUGGCGCCCGCUCGACCAGUUCGAAGAUCAACGGGAGUCAAGGUGA